AUGCCCUCGCUCCGAUCCAUCGUCCUGGCCACGGCGGCCGCCUUUGUCGCCGUCGCGCAGGCUGACUUGACCAUCGACCCUUCUACGGUGCCGCUUUCAACAAGACAAUCAUGGUGUGACAACGAAAAGGAUACCUGCCCUUUGAUCUGCCAACAAGUAGGGCCCAGGACGACUCUGGUGAACGAUUGCGACCCUGAACAACUCACCUUCGGCUGCCUGUGCGGCAACAACAAGCGGCCCAACGUGUCCGAGUACACGCUGACGCUGCCCUACUUUAUCUGCCAGGAAUACGGCAACCAGUGCGUCAAGGCGUGCACCGACAACCAGUGCGCGUCCGACUGCCGCGAGAAGAACCCGUGCGGCGCGUCGGCGCCCAAAAAGUACAACACGACGACGGGCUCGGGCGGCGUCAACCCCACGGCCAGCCAGACGGGCGACGCAAACACCAUCUACACGGACGGGCCCGGCGGCAGCUCGUCGCGCGAGAAGCAGGGCGGCGGCAUGACACUCGAGGUGGGGCGGACGUACGGCAUGGCCAUGGUGCUGACGGGCCUGUUUGCCGGCUUCGCGCUGCUGUGA